UACAAACUUUUUCAAUUUCCGUUUUUUCGUUUUUAUUUUUUUGAAUUGUAUAAAAUGGAUUCUCCAAAUAAUAAAACGUAAAAGACAUGCAAAGGUGUCAAAUAAGAAAUUUUUUUGGAGAAAUAAAUACUAUACAUAUGAAAGAAACAUAGAAUGUAUUUUGAAUCCCGAAUUAAGGACCAAAAUCAAUACAGGAUAUAAGUGUUAUUUAACUUUUUAUAAUAUUACAUUAUUUUUUAUUUUAAUAACUUUAAUUUUUUAAAAAAUCAUUAUCUUUUAUUUUUUUAAUUUUCAGUUUUAUCAGUUUUUUUAAUCUAUUGUUUAAUUUGGCAGUUCCUGAAAAGUCGCCAAAUUAAACAUUCCCUUUAAUUUCUCAAUCUGGCAGUCCCUGAAAAGUCGCCAGAUUAUCUUUUAUUUUAAAAUCUAUUAAUUUUUUAAAAAAUCAUAUAUUUAGUAUUUUCUUUUAAUUUUUAUUUUUAACUUUUUUAAUUUAUUGUUUUAAUUUGGCAGUCCCUGAAAAGUCGCCAAAUUAAACAUUCCCUUAAAUUUCUUAAUCUGACAGUCCCUGAAAAGUCGCCAGAUUAUCUUCUAUUAAUUUUUUUAAAAAUCAUUAUUUAGUAAUUUUUUUUAAUUUUCAGUUUUUUUAAUUUAUUGUUUAAUUUGGUAGUCCCUGAAAAGUC